GGAUUCAUCGAUUUUCAUUUUGACAUUCACAUACAAACAUGAUAUAUUUGUAAACAAUUUUCUUCAGAACUCAAGAUUAAGAAAGUAAAUGAAGAUAAAUAAAAGAUGGCUGGGAAUUAUUAUUUUGUGAUAGUUGGUCACCAUGACAACCCAAUAUUUGAAAUGGAGUUUUCUCCUGGAAGUAGAAGUAGUGAACCAAAGAAAGAUGAUCACCGUCACUUAAAUCAAUUUGUAGCCCAUGAGUCAUUAGAUUUGGUAGACGAGCAGAUGUGGGCAACGAACAACAUGUAUCUGAAGAUAGUUGACAAGUUCAAUGAAUGGUUUGUCUCAGCAUUCGUAACAGCUAGCCGAAUGAGGUUUAUAAUGCUUCAUGAAGUAAAAAAUGAGGACGGUAUAAAGAACUUCUUCAAUGAAAUUUACGAGACAUAUAUAAAGUUUUCCAUGAAUCCAUUUUAUGAAAUCAACAAACCAAUAGUAUCUCCAGCAUUUGAGAAGAAAACUCAGUUCUUUGGAAGGAAAUACCUUCAAGUUUAACAUGUGUAUUAAUGUUAAACAUUCCAGACAAUUACACAAUUGUUUAACACUAAUACACAAAAAUUCAGUGUAUUAAUGUUAAACAUUCCAGACAAUUACACAAUUGAAGGAGACAAUGUGUAAAAUUUAAAGUAAACAGUUUCAUAUUAAUAUCUUCUCACAUUUUAUGACGAGUGCAAUAUUAUAAUAAUAUUUAUGUUAAGAUUAAAUGGUUUUUUGAAAA